AUGCGUGCCUUCAAGUCCUGCGUCUGGCUGCUCUCGGCCAUUGGCGCUGCUGCGUCCAGCUGUGAUCCGACUGCCGGCGUUGAAUCUCUUGUCAAGCGCCGUCUCCCACAGCAUGUAGAUUCGUUUGAGUUUGUCAUUGAGCCUGCGCAGAUCUCUGGCCUUACCAACGAUAGCUAUGCCGUGUCCUCGACAAAGGAUGGAAAGAUCCGAAUUGAGGGUACGACGACCAGUGCUCUGCUAUCAGGUCUUCAUAAAUAUCUGUCUAGCGAGGCAAAUGUUGACAUUUGGUGGUUCGUGGGGAGCCAACUGGAUCAAGCUCCGAAACGACUUCCCCAGCUCAAGUCUCCCCUGAAGGGCACCAGUGUCGUGCCGUACCGCUACCACUGGAACACUGUCACAACCUCUUAUACCAGUGCCUUCUGGACAUGGGAGGAUUGGGAGACGCAGCUGGACUGGAUGGCCCUCCGUGGUAUCAAUCUGGCCCUUGCCUGGAUCGGUGUCGAGAAGAUCUUCAUUGAGGUCUUUACUGAAAUCGGCCUGAAUGCCGAUGAGAUCAACUCUUUCAUCAGCGGACCUGCUUUCCUGGCGUGGAACCACUUUGGCAAUAUUCAAGGUUCAUGGGGCGGAUCGAUGCCUCAAUCCUGGGUCGACAGCCAGUUUGAUCUCCAGCUCAAGAUCUUGGAUCGUAUGGAAGAGCUCGGCAUCACUCCCAUUCUGCCAGCCUUCCCAGGAUUCGUUCCUCGUAACAUCUCCCGCGUAUUCCCUGACAUUUCUCUGUCAACAAGCCCUCUCUGGUCAAACUUUCCUGCGGAAUUGAGCGCCGAUACUUACAUCAACCCAUUCGACCCUCGUUUUGCUCAGCUGCAAAAGCUCUUCAUUAGCAAGCAGCAGGAGCUAUAUGGAAAUGUUACCAACUUUUGGACUUUGGAUCAGUUCAACGAAAACCAGCCGCUCUCUGGUGACCUGGGAUACCUUCAAAACGUCAGCCACAACACUUGGACUGCCCUCAAGGCCGCUGAUCCCGAUGCCGUCUGGGUUAUGCAGGCCUGGUUGUUCUCAAGUGACAGUGCCUUCUGGUCGAACGACCGUAUCGAGUCUUUCUUGGGUGGCAUUCCUGUAAACUCGGAUAUGUUGCUCCUCGACCUGUUUGCUGAAUCUGCUCCCCAGUGGCUCCGAACCAACUCCUUCUAUGGCAAGCCUUGGAUCUGGUGUGAGCUCCACGACUAUGGCGGUAACAUGGGCUUGUAUGGCCAGAUCGAGAACGUCACCAUCAACUCAAUGGAUGCGGUGCGCAACUCAAGCUCUCUCGUUGGGUUCGGCUUGACAAUGGAGGGCCAGGAGGGCAACGAAAUCAUGUAUGACCUGUUGUUGGAUCAGGCUUGGAGCCCUAAGCCUAUCGACACCGAGACGUAUUUUCAUGAUUGGGUCUCGGCCAGAUACGGUACCACGAAGGUGAAGAGCCUGUAUACCGGAUGGGAGCUUCUGAGGCCUACCGUGUUCAACAACACCAACUUGACGAUUACUGCCGUGCCCAAGUCAAUCUUGGAGCUGGUGCCCAGCAUUAGCGGUCUCUUGGGUCGCACCGGUCACCAUCCAACCACCAUCACCUACAACCCAGCGGUCAUGGUUGAGGCCUGGAGUGAGCUCUUCAAGGCCGGUCUCCAGGACAUCCAGCUAUUUGCCAACCCGGCAUACCAGUACGAUCUUGUUGACUGGACUCGCCAGGUUCUCGUCAACGAAUUCGACGGCCUUUACAAGGAUCUCGUUGAUGCAUACACCAGCUCCGCAAGCUCCAGCGUCAUCAAGUCUCGUGGUGCCAAGCUCAUUGCUCUUUUGAAGACUCUCGAUGCUGUGCUCGCCACCAAUGUGCACUUCCAACUCACCCCCUGGAUCAACGAGGCCCGCGCAAGUAGCCCAUCAACGGCCAACUUCCUUGAGUACAACGCGCGCAACCAAAUCACUCUGUGGGGUCCUCAAGGCAACAUCGAAGACUACGCCUCGAAGCAGUGGGCCGGACUGGUUGGCACCUACUACGUCGAACGAUGGCAGCAGUUCAUCGACUACCUUGCGACAACCAAGCCCGCAAACUACAACCAGACCGCUUUCCACACGAAGCUGAUGGCAUGGGAGAUACAAUGGGGACAACAGACCUCCUCCACCAAGAAGGCAGCAACGGGACCCAGCGAUAUUCGGUCCGUUCUGGACACAACCAUCAAGACUUGGGGUAGCCUGUUCAAGCUUUAG